AACGGCUCCUUAUCUAAAUUAAAAACCCCCAAAUCCAACCAAACAAAUAAUUCCCUACUCGUCUUCUAUAAUAAUUUUUUUUAUCUCUCUCUCUCUCUCUCAAACCCCCAACAACAAAUUUUGAUCAUUUCCAAUAUGGCGUCUUUAACACCCGGAAUCCUAUUAAAACUUUUACAAACAAUGAACACCAACACCCGAGUCACCGGCGACCACCGAUCCCCUCUUCUUCAACUCAUCGGAAUCGUUCCCGGUCUCGCAGCCGGGUCAGACGACUUAUGGCCAAACCACGGGUUUUAUAUUUCCCUUUCCGAUUCAUUAAACUCGACUUACGUUUCUCUUUCUGAUAAGGACACCGAUCUUAUUCUAACGAACCGGUUACAGCUUGGCCAGUUUGUCUAUGUCGACAAGUUUGAGUUCGAUACUCCGGUGCCUCGUGUGUCUGGGAUUCGGCCGAUUGCUGGCCGUCAUCCGUUUGUUGGAACCCCUGAAAUGCUUAUUGCUCGGAUCUCGACUAGUAAGAGGGAGUUUGUGAUUCAGAGUGGUUCCGAUUGUGAUUCUUCGGGUGAUCCUAUUGCUACGUAUUUGUCGAAUAAGAAGUUUGAUAAUCAACCAAAAGAUAUUAAGAAUGAGGGUAGGAACCGACAAGUACUUGCACCUAGAGAGAAUGUGAAUAAUUUUGAGGAAUCAGCAAAGGCUUCGGAAAAGCCUUCUCAGAGGUUUUCAAGCCCAGGUAUGAAGCCACAAAGGUCGAUAUCAGCAGGCAAAAAGAACAUGGUGGAAAGGGACCCUUCACCGGCUGCACAACUGAAAAGGUCAUCUUCUCCAGUGCCUUCAAAGUGUGUCGUUCCUAGCCUAGUUAUGGCUAAAGAAGAGAAUCGCAAGUCUUCUAAAGAACCAUCCAUUAUUGUGCCUUCAAGAUAUAGGCAGCCUUCUCCCAAUGGGAGGAAACCCGUUACUCCAAGUUCAAGGAGAAUGUCAAUGUCUCCUGGAAGGCGGUUGUCUGCUGGAGUUAAAGUUUCUCCAGCAACAGAUUCUGGUAAUAAGAAAAAGAUGGCAACUUUGGCAGCUGAGAUUUCAAAAGUUUCAGACGCUCUUGUCGGGUCUUCCACAAAGUCAGUUGGAUCUUCCACAAAGUCCAAUGGAUCUUCCACAAAGUCAGUUGGAUCUUCCUCGAAAGCAAGUAGGAAGAACUGGGAUGAAACACCUACAGAAACAAAACAGAAGAAUUUUACAAAAAACCAGCCCGAUCUGCAAGCAAUUUUGAAAACUCAGGCUGCACUUUCUAGACGUUUAAGUGAUGCACAUUCAUCGCCGCCUAACCUAGAUGAUUUGCCAAACGUUGAAAAGGUUCAAACGAGCUCAGGUGACACUCCACUCUUGCCUGAAAGACCAAAUACUACAGCUCUGGGAAUCACACUUCAUGAAAAGAAAUGGACUGAUGGUAGUGUGCCUCUAGAUGCUUUGUCUUUAGACAUUAAAAGACUUGGACAGAAUGCUUUGCAAAGGAGAAAUCUGGCUGCCAUUGCUGCAGCUGAAGCUUUGCAAGAGGCCCUUACCACUGAAGCUAUUCUGAGGAGUUUGAGCAUGUUCUCCAAUCUCUGCUCAAUGUCAAAAGUUGGAAACCCUUUACCAACAAUUGAUAGGUUUAUGUCUGUAUAUGACGACGCUGUUAAAGCAAUAUCAGCAGCUGAAUCAGCUACUAGCAACCAAAUUCCCAGCAUGACUCAUGAUAACGCACCACCAACAGACCAGUCAAAAACUCUCGCCCUUUGGGUAGAAGCUGCGCUAGCCACUGACCUUGAGGUUGUUUCCCUCCUAUCAAAUCAAGUAAUCGCGUCCCCAUCUCAACCCCAGAAGAAAACCCUUUCUCAAAAACAAUCUUUACCAGAAACCAUCAAAAACCAUUUGAUGAUUCCUUCUUCUAAUAUGUCAGUUAAUGGGGCAUGGAUGAAAGGUCACGGGAUGAAUGAGAAUCUUGUAUUGGGAAUGAAUUUGCAAAAGGAAAUGCAAACAUGGUUCUUUAAGUUUGUUGAGGAGUCGCUUGAUGCUGGUUUUCAGGUCUUUGAUAAGAAUAGUCCUUCUAGUUCAGAAGUAGGUCCCAUUAAGAUGAUCUUAUCGCAGCUUAAACGAGUGAACGAUUGGUUGGAUUGCAUGAUCUCAAAGCAAGAUGAGGUGUUGUCUGGAGCAGUUGACCGGUUGAAAGGAAAAAUUUACAGGUUUGUCAUUCAACAUGUUGGUACCACAUAUGACAACUCGUCCUGAUGCUGAAAAUUUAGUUUCCAUCGUUAACAUUAUUUAUGAUGCUUUCAUAAAUUUGGAAAUUUGUUACUAGAAGAUAUUGCAUUUUGUUAGUGUGUUUUUUCCUUCCAAUUGUGUUUUAAAGGUAUGACUGGAAUGCUAGUUUCAGAUGUGGAUUGUUCAUGCAGAAGAAAGUGAGUUUUCUUGCCAUAUCGAAUCAGAUCUUAUAUAUAUCAUUAGGCCAUUUAAUGUAAUGAGUUCUAUAUAGAUUCCUUCAAUCAUGUUUUCUUCCCAAUGAAAUAGACGGUGCAUAGGUAUAACAUAGUUAAUACGAAA